CGGAACCUCUGACGUGUCAAACUGUCGCCAUUUUCCUGAGGAAGGAAACGCCUUGAAGAGGGAAGGAAAUAUAUCAGCUGUGUUUAUUUUUGCCAAAGUAGUUUCCCAUCACCAGCCGCCAUGGGGAAUAUGUUUGCAGGGCUUUUUAAAAUGUUCGGGAAGAAGGAGAUGAGGAUCCUUAUGGUGGGUCUAGAUGCUGCUGGAAAGACAACUAUUUUGUACAAGCUCAAACUUGGAGAGAUUGUGACUACGAUUCCCACAAUAGGAUUUAACGUAGAGACAGUAGAGUACAAGAACAUCAGUUUCACAGUAUGGGAUGUCGGUGGUCAAGACAAAAUUCGACCACUGUGGCGUCAUUACUUCCAGAACACACAGGGUCUCAUCUUUGUUGUGGACAGCAACGACAGAGAACGAUGUACGGAGGCUCGUGAAGAGCUCUUGAGAAUGCUGGCAGAGGACGAGCUGCGUGAUGCUGUGCUAUUAGUGUUUGCCAACAAACAAGACCUUCCAAACGCUAUGAAUGCUGCAGAACUCACAGACAAGAUGAAUCUUCACUCCCUACGCAACAGACACUGGUACAUCCAGGCAACCUGUGCCACCACCGGAGAUGGGCUUUAUGAAGGACUGGAUUGGUUGUCUAAUCAGCUCAAGAACCAUUAAUAAUAACAGGUAUCCAAAAUUUACCUACUCCACCCAACCUCUGACCUUGCUCUCUACUCUUAAGGUGUUGCAAAACUGAGCUACUCUGUCCAAAAAAAAAAAACCCACUGGAAGCUGCCCCCUACUCAA